CAACCCCUCUUUUCGGUCGUUUGGAUCGGGCGUCGACAACAACAACAACAAYAAAAAACACCGCCUCGUAUCUCUUCAUCACACGAACAAGGGCAACAGGAACAAAGGACUCCUCCCCAAACCUUUGURCUSUUUGCUCGAUCCCGCCACCGAGAAACCACAGCACGGCAUGUCUGGAUCGGUCAGCAUCAAGAUCCGGUCGCCCAUCCGUUCGGGGACGGGCGCUGCCGCAGCGGCGACCGACGAUGCUCCCGGAGACAGGAACCCACCGGCGCUCCGGUUCCCCACCUGGAGGGACCACUCCAACCCCCAAAAGGUGCAGGCCCACGCGGCCAAGUUCCACCUGACGGCMCCUUCCGACAUGCCCRAGGGAUUCCGGUACACCGACGAGGAGCGGAGCCUCCUGGAGAUGUACGACACCGCAAAGAUCUUCGAGCGGGAGGUCCUCCGGCUCAAGGAAAAAAAGGCCCGGGAGCACAUCUACGCCGCGGCMGCCGCCGCAGAGGCCGAGGCGMGGGACAAGGACUCCGGCGACAGCGACGCCGASGACCGCGAGACCGAGCGCGCGGCUUCCGAUCCGGCCGCCCUCGCCCUGGCGGCCGCCAUGAAGAAAAAGAACAAGGCCAAGAAACCGAAAAAGAAGGCCGCCGCUCUCGAAGCGGAAAGCGGGGCGGCCGCCAUGUCYUCCUCCGACGAGGAGGAGAGCGGCGACGACCGCGAAGGCRUCCGCGACGACCACAGCGACGACGAGGACUCGGUKGGAGACGAGCUCGCGGCCCUCCGCAGCGAGGUGGAGUCCAAGCGGCUCGCMAAGGCCAUGGAGCUGGACGCCAGGGAACGAGAAGAGCAGAUGCGAAACGAGCUGCUCCAGAAGGCCGACCCGGACGAACUGGACUUCCAGCCGGCCGUCAAGCGCAAGAAGAUCGACGACGAGUCGUCGGCGCUGUCGCCGACCCGCGGCGGGCCGUCCCUGCUGUCCAAGAUGAGGACCACGCAGACCCCGCCGCACGAGUUCUCCGAAAAGCUGGGGAUCAAGUCCUGGAAGGGGGCCGUCCUGCUCCCGGCCAAYCUCGGGGAUCCCUUCUGGCAGCCACCGGACUACCGGCCGCGGGAUCCCAACGACGGUGCCUUCACGGUCGCCCUCGAAGACUUCGACAUCGGCAAGGCCAACAACGGAGAGGGMCCCAACACGCUGGCCCUCAAGUUCAACGCGCCCAGCGACUCGAGGCGGUUCAGCUUCAACAUUGCCGGUCCGAACCACAACGAUUUCGAUUCGAUCUUGUUCCAUUUCAAUCCCCGCCAGCGACAAAAGGGCGGCCAGCUCGUCGUCAACGACAAACAGCAGGGGACGUGGGGCAGGGCGGUGCAGCUCCCGCUGUCGCAGGUUCCCCUCAUGUUCGGCCAGCCUUCCUCGACGCUCAUGAUCCAGAUCAACGGGGACGGAUUCGACGUCUUUGUGGAGAACAAGCACGUGGCGCGGCUAGAGCACAGGGUCGAGCUGCCCUCGCGGCCCUGCAAGCUCUGGCUCCAGUUUCCGAGCUGCGACGACUCUCGGAACCCGGAGAACUGGACCGUCUACCGGGCCUGGUGGGGGAACAAGGAACCACUGGCCAAGGAAGACGUCUCGGGCAUCGCGGGGGUCGACGCCUUCGACUCGGUCCACCCCAAGAAGCUCUUYGUGUCCGGCCUGCCGAAAAUCCGCACCGACAAGCAGGUCGAGCUGCGGACKGCCGARCUCGAGCGCGUCUUUCGCCGGUUCGGCGGGGCCCGCGGGGUCUCCUGCGUGGUGCCCAAGAACUCCAAGUACGCCUUUGUCGAGUUCGAGACGGAGCACAUGUGCGACGUGGCCCUGCAGAAGAUGCCAGAGACCUCCUUUCCCUACAAGAUCAACCGGGCCCGGCGGACCAAGCACGAGGCCCUCAUGGCGGAACGCGCCGCCAAGGAGCGGGGGGAAUCCACCGGAGGGGGAUGGUAGCCCGCGCUGCCGGGGACCGAGCACCUUUUUUGGGGCGAAAAGACCCCGGGGGGUCAGCGUGCUGGGUUGGGUCUCGCUCGGUCCCUACCGUUUCGUUUCGUUUCGUUCCUACUCGGAAGGGGCGGCACCGCGGCGGCUAUUCUGCCUUGUUGCACACGUUUGUGGCAKAGGUGCAUCUCCGAAAACGUACUUGCGAAUGAGUAACAUCGA